AUGAAGCUUAAAAUAUCUUUUUUAAAAGAACCAAAGCAUGUUGGCGUGGUCUCUUGUGUGAGCUGGAAUAAUACAGAAGAUGUAUUUUCAUGCGGAGAUGAUCACAAACUUUUGAAAUGGAAUUUAGUCAACGGAGAAUGUUUAACAGUCACUACAUUCCCAGAUGAUUUUUAUCCUAUUUGCAUGCACUUAUUUCCCAAAAUAAAUAUGGGAAGUAGCAAACACCAACACGACGUAAUAUUAAUCGCGUGCGCUGACGGCAAAUUUCACAUUGUUAAUAACAAUGGUCGCAUAGAAAAAAGUGUAAAUGCUCAUCAAGGAGCAUGCCUAGCUGCUCAGUGGAGUCCUGAUGGGGCUGGCCUACUUACAGCUGGUGAAGAUGGUUUUAUAAAGGUUUGGUCUAGAAAUGGUCUAUUGCGCUCCACCGUUUUGCAGUCUGACGUACCAUGCUACGGAUGUAUUUGGAGCCCCGAUAGUAGUGCAAUUUUAUACACAAAGGAUAAUUCGCUUGUGAUAAAAUAUUUAAAUUCUAGUUCUAAGAUAACAACGUGGAAGGCCCAUGAAGGCAUAAUAUUGUGUGUUGCCUGGAAUGCGAACAACAAUUUAAUUAUUUCUGGUUCUGAGGAUGGAUACUCUAAGAUCUGGGAUACGUUCGGUCAGCAGAUUUCGGUAAGCGUGAAACACGAUCAGCCUAUAACUAGUGUUAGCUGGUCACCCGCUGGAGAUAUGUUCAUCAUCGGCAGUUAUAACUUGAUUCGGCUCUGCAAUGCAAAUGGUUGGUCUUACUGCCUGGAUCGUCCAUCAACAGGCAGUAUCUAUAGCAUAGCGUGGUCAUCUGAUGGUACACAAUCAGCAGCUGCAUGUGCUAAUGGACAUGUACUCUUCGCUCAUAUAAUUGACAGAGAAUAUACUUGGAAAAAUUUCGCUUGCACCCAAACUGGACGUAAAGUGAUUUCUAUUAAAAACAUCCUAACAGAUCAGAGUGAUCAAUUGGAUUAUCCUGAUAGAGUUAUACAAAUAGCAUUAGGGUACAAUCAUUUAGUCAUAGCUACUGUAAAACAAUGCUUCAUUCAUAAAUUGACAUCAUGGAACACGCCUGUAACAUUCGAUCUAAAGGAGGGUACUAUAAGCAUGAUCUUACUUUCAGAAAGAUGUAUAUGUGUCAUUGAAAGAGCUGGCGUCUCAAUAUAUAGUUAUAUGGGACGAUUGCUAGCGAGUCCUCGAUCUGGAUCUCGACCUGAAACUCUAGGAAGAGCUGCGGUUUCCCUAGGACCUGACACGUUUGCCGUUAUUGAUCAAACUGAUAGGAAAGCAAUUUACGUCCAUGACCUACCAACUGGAUUAAUUGUUCGAAGUUCAAGUGACAAUACUGUUACAAAGUUAGUACAUAAAAUGACAGUUUCUAAUAUUGCGUUGAGUCAAGCAGGACCGAUCAAUGAGCGUCAGCUUGCUUUGCUGGAUUACAACAGGGAUUUAUAUGCUAUAACUGUAAAAGAUCCAAAAUCUAAAUUUGUAAAAUUGGGAUCUCAAGUUUUAAGUAUAAUCUGGAGCGCAGAAACCGAAUUGUUAGUUGGAUUACGAGCGAAUUCGGUUAUUGCAUGGUGUUGCUCGCGAGCCGCUACUCAACCAGACUGGCUUGCAUUAACCACUGUUAGUAAGGACAUUAGUGAUUUAGGUCGCAAUCCAAGUAUUGUAAGCGUUGAAGACGGUGUCGUAUGCAUCUGUCGUGGGAACGGAUCGUUGCUGCACGUGUCUCUUGCGGCCUUCCCUGAGAAAUUGUUAAAGCAUGUUGCUGGCAAUAUGUGGCAGGAAGCUCUGCAGCUAUGCCGCACUGUAGAGGAUGAAACACUUUGGGCUUGUCUUGCUGUACUGGCUUGGCAGUACAAUCAAUUAGCAGUUGCGGAAGAAGCAUUUGCGCUCAUACAUCAAUACUAUCAAGUCUGUUACAUACAACAUCUAAGGAGUUCCAUCCCGGAGAAAUUGUCCGCUUAG